GACUUGUAAAUCUUUUGCUCAGUCUUCUAUACUAGGGUAAUCUUUACAGGCACGUGUCAAGUCGCCUAUUUCAUCAUGAAACGUCUCGUAACUCUAGCCGCAGUGUUAAUGUGCGUGUGCUGCGUUCAGGCAGCAGCUGUCUUUGCACACUUCAUGGUAUCCAAUUCGGUAAACUACAGUAUAGCUACAUGGAAGACAGACAUAAACUUGGCCCAGGAAGCUCAUCUAGAUGCUUUUGCUCUGAAUAUUGCGUACGGAGACGACAGCACCACCAACUACAUAGACCUCGCGUUCCAGGCUGCCGAAGCAACUGGCUUCAAGCUCUUCUUAUCAUUUGACUAUGCGGGCGGUGUUUCUGCUUGGCCAGCCACGGAAGUUUCAUCUAUUGCGAGCCGCUAUACUUCCAGCUCUUCAUACUAUCAUUACAAUGGCCAGCCUAUGAUUUCAACCUUUGAAGGCCCUGUAAAUGCAGACGACUGGACUGCCCUCAAGAAAGAGCUCGGUUGCUUCUUCAUCCCAGAUUGGUCCUCCCUCGGUGCCAAAGCUGCAGCGGAUCUUGGGGUGGCGGAUGGUCUGUUCAGCUGGGACGCCUGGGCAUGGGGAGAUAAAUCCAUGAACACCUACGUGGAUGCCUCCUAUGUGGACUAUCUCAACGGAGCUCCCUACAUGAUGCCGGCUUCCCCGUGGUUCUACACCAACCUCCCAGGGUACAAUAAAAACUGGCUCUGGCGCGGCGAUAACGCGUGGUAUGAUCGCUGGGUUCAGAUUUGGUGGUACAAACCCGAAUUUGUUGAGAUUAUCACUUGGAAUGACUAUGGCGAGUCACAUUAUAUUGGGCCUAUUUAUGACAAUGCUAUGGAGCUUUUCACGACCGGCAAAGCCCCCUUUAAUUAUGCUACAAAUAUGCCACACGAUGGCUGGCGGCUCUUCCUUCCUUUUGUCAUUGAUACCUACAAGUUCGGAACGGCUACUAUUACCCAGGAGGGAGUCGUCGGUUGGUAUCGUCUCAGCGAGGCUAAAGCAUGCAGCAGCCAUUUUACUUCCGGAAACACGGCGAGCCAGCUGCAGAUUGAAUUUGAGCCAUACGAUAUCGUUGAAGACGCCAUAUUCUUUACAGCACUUCUUGGAUCAGCGGCGGAUAUCAGUGUUAGUGUCGGCGGUGUGGCAUUGCGGGCUUCGUGGACGUACGAGCCAUUUGGCAGCGUGGGUCUCUACCAUGGAAGUGUCUCCUUCUCGGGUCAUACAGGUAUUGUCAUUGUCUCUGUAACUCGCGGCGGCGUGACAGUUGCCUCGUUCACCGGCGAGGCCAUUGGUACCCAAAACUGCAUCACAGGCAACACCAACUUCAAUGCAUGGGUCGGCUCCGCAACCUCAGGCGCUACCAUUUCCGCCACGCCGCCAACCCCAUUAUCAGAUAUGGUUUGCCGAAACGGCACUGGAUCGAACAACUUUGCAGGUCUCUGCGAAAAUGCGUGUGAAUACGGCGUGUACUGCCCACCGACAGCUUGCGUAUGUCUCCAGCUGGGUCCGUCGCUGGUCUCCUCGGCCCUCCCUAAGCAGACCAAUCCGCAAGGUUAUCCACUGGCCGGGGAAGACAGCAGUUACGGUGGUCUCUGCGCCUAUAACUGUGAGAUUGGAUUCUGCCCCGAUACAGCAUGUGGGACCGUCGUAGCACCGCUGAUUACACCGACGGUUUCCGACUUUAGCAAUCCGGCUUGCCAAGGCGGCGUCGGGGCAGGGGGCGAUGAAAACCUAGGCGGACUCUGUGGCUUUGCGUGUCCCUAUGGAUUUUGCCCCGCUGUCGCCUGUUCUUGUACAGCAUCAGGGGGGCUACCAGCCCAGCCGCCGGCAACGCCUACAGUGACGGGCGUUCCCGUCUUAGGAGUAAGCGAGCCAACAUACAGUGCAUUGUGUAGCUAUGCCUGUGAGCACGGCUAUUGUCCUGGAGCCUGCACAACCGCAGGAGAAGCAACACCAACCGGGACAGGAACAGGACCCGGCGACACCAACAGUGUAGUGUAUAUUGACCCGGAGAUUUGGAACUCGGCAGACCCGACCAUUAACUGUGAGCCCCCCUGCACAUUCGUGCUGCCACCGUGGACUCUGUCUACUACGACAACCAUAAACAUCGAUCCUCUUACCCAGACAUUCGAGGACACAUGGCCCAUCACUAGCGAUGGUCUAAUUGAGUACACGACUGUUACUAUGGUGACUGUCAUUACCUUUCCAGCUAUCGUGACAACAAUGAUUCCUGUUUCCAACAUUAUCUGGGAUCCCGUGGGGGGUUCUUCCUCGGUUGCCGAUAUAUACAGUAGCUUUGACGUUCCGGGAGUCACCAUGACCGAGGGUCCUGGGCCAAACGGGCAGCCCGGGAUAACCUACGUAUAUAGUUACGGACCCUAUCCGAGUCCCACUUCUACAAGCACGACGGCGGGAGGGGUCCCGCCAACAGGACCUCCUGGACAUCCUAGCCGUGUCACAAUAACGAAAGGUAGUCCGUCGCCAACGUGCCCCUUUCCUGAUGCAUGUCAUGGGCAUCCCUGCAAAGGAUCACACUGCACAAACGGGCUGCAUCCGCUGUCAUUAAUCACUCUUCCCUGCCUUGGACUAGGCUGCAACAACAACAACAACAACAACAACAACAACAACAACAAUGGCAAAAAUCCCAGCCCAACUCCGUGUCUUGGAAACGGCUGUGAUAAUACCUCUUCAUCCUCGUCGUCAACAUCGACUUGUGCAACUAAGACUGUUACCGAAUGCUACCAGGUUUGUACAACGACCCCCUGCGCUAAGGUAUGUAAUACCUAUGCGGGGUGUGAUUGCACCACAUCAACCGUGACAGACUACUGGGUUUCGUGUAUGUCAUCGACCUGCACGACCACAUCUUCCGAAGUCAUCACCGGCUGUUAUGCAACGGCUACCACCACGACAGUCGGUGAAUCUUGUCCCACACUUGUCUCCCUGGAUCCCAGUACCGACGAUCAGGGUGACGACGCAACCGAUCUACCACUCGUAGGAGACAUCGUCACCAUCUUGUAUCCCGAAAGUGUGAUCAUCGGGAACACCCUUUACUAUGUCACGAGCGGAAUUUUCUCUAUCGGAAGUAUUGACUACGGCGUUCCCAGUGUGAGUACCCCGGUGACCACUCUCUACAGCGGACGAACCGGGGUAAUAUACCCUCAGGCUACAGGUCCAAGCCUCUCUUUAACAGUAGACUGGAUGACCAUAAUUGAAAUGCUACCUCCGCCCACUACUGCGCGGACGACCGCGCCAAAACCCACGACAACCGCGCCAAAACCCACGACAACCGCCGUGUCCCAGCCAAGUCCCACAGGCGUCGACAGCGGCGUGCUCCAAUGCGAGGCCAGCUCGAUGCCCGAGAUGACGGCCGGCGAUGUGGACCAGGCCAUCAACGAUCUGUGCGCGGACGCUAGAACGAGCGGGGCCAUCUUCAAAGAUGGCGGAAUAUCCAUCCAGGCUAUUCAGUACACGCCGCCCGACAACGUGUACCAGAACAUUGGCAUUUCGGCGACCUGGAUUGGCGGAAGUAACUGUCCGACGCUCGACUUCGCCAACAACGCGAAUACGGCUGUCGCGACGUGCCAGAAACAGCUGCACGACAUCGUGACCUACUGUCCUGCCCCGAUACAAGGAACGCAACAUUACACGUACGGAGGAAUCUUUACUAGGGACUGCAUCGCAUGGGAAAUUACGCUUGCCUCCUAGGGGAACAAUAGAAUCUGUUACCACUUACUACAUAAAAAUGGAUCUAGUCAUCAAAUUCUACCAGCGCAUCAACGCCCUCCCCACCCAACCUUUCCAAAAAUUGACUACUUUGUUAAUGUAAUGAAAUCUUCAAUAUUUUAAUUUUGUAUUAAAUAAAUAGUCUCUAAGAUAUUAAUUAAAUUAAUAAAUUUGUAAAAGCAAACCAAAUGAAAAUGUACUCUAUAUAUUAUAUAAUUAUAUAAUAUAGUUUA